UAAUCUUUCAACAAAAUACCCAUACAGUUCUCUCUGUGCAACCUCAGCUUUGUUUCCAAUUUCCAGUCCCAAAAUCUGAUGAUAUGGGCAUCUGUUUUCCAAUCUACGCUAUUUGUAUAUGAUGUCCUGUCAUCUUUCAGGCUUUGUGUGGAUGAUUGCGUUAAGGCGGCUCAUGUAGGAUGCUGACCUAUAAUCUUGAAUGCUGAUGAUUGCAAAACAUAUUUGCGGGUUUAAAUGACUGAUCGAAAUUUCUUCACUUGACUUGAUUCUCACAUGGAGGACCACACUUUUGUUGUCGGUCAAGAGUUCCCUGAUGUCAAGGCUUUCCGCAGUGCGAUAAAAGAAUUUGCAAUCGCGCAACAUUUUGAACUCCGUAUCAUAAAAAGCGACCUGAUCAGAUACUUUGCAAAGUGCGCUUCAGAAGGCUGCCCAUUGCGUAUCCGUGCAGUUAAGCUUCCUAGUGUUCCCACCUUUAUAAUAAGAAGCCUCGAAGGGACUCAUACCUGUGGCAGAAACGCACAGAACGGUCACCAUCAAGCUUCCGUGGAUUGGAUUGUAAAGUUUAUAGAGGAACGCCUACGAAAUAAUAUCAAUUACAAACCGAAGGAUAUACUACUUGACAUUCACAAGCAUUACGGAAUCACUAUACCUUACAAGCAAGCUUGGCGUGCGAAGGAGCGGGGACUUGCAGCAAUUUAUGGCUCUUCUGAAGAAGGAUACUACCAACUUCCUUCAUUCUGCGAACAAAUCAAAAGGACUAACCCCGGAAGUAUUGCAGAGGUAUUCACUACUGGGUCAGAUAACCGGUUCCAUAGGCUCUUUAUUUCUUUUUUCGCGUCGAUUUAUGGCUUCCUGAAUGGAUGUGUGCCUAUCAUUAGUCUUGGUGGAAUCCAACUUCAAAACAAAUACCUUGGUACAUUACUUGUAGCCACAUCUUUCGAUGGUGACGGUGGAGCAUUCCCGAUUGCAUUUGGUGUUGUCGAUGUAGAUAAUGAUGAAAGCUGGAUGUGGUUCUUGUCGGAAUUGCAGAAGUCAUUGGCGACGAAUGUUGAGAAUAUUUCUCAGCAUACAUUUUUGUCCAACGGACAAAAAGGCAUUGUAGAUGCAAUAAAGAUAAAAUUUCCGAGCUGUUCUUAUGCAUUUUGUAUGCACCAUUUGAGUGAAAGCAUUGGUAAAGAAUUUAAGAACUCGAGACUUGUUCAUCUUUUAUGGAAAGCCGCGUGUGCUACUACUAUUGCUGGUUUUAAAGAAAAAAUGGUUGAGAUUUCAGAGGUUUCACCUGCAGCUGCAAAGUGGUUGCAGCAAUAUCCUCCGUCCCAGUGGGCGUUGGUGUAUUUUGAAGGAACUCGGUACGGCCAUAUGUCUUCGAAUAUUGAGGAAUUCAACAGCUGGAUUCACGAAGCUCGAGAAUUGCCUGUAAUUCAGGUUCUCGAGCAAAUUCAAAGCAAACUAGUGGCUGACUUUAAUGACCGGCGAUCGAAGAGUAACUCUUGGUUUUCCGCCCUGGUUCCAUCUGCUGAGAAACACAUGAUUGAAGCAAUCAACAUUGCAUCAUCUCACCAAGUCCUUAGAUCAGAUGAAGUUGAAUUCGAGGUUAUAUCAUCAGACCGGUCCGACAUUGUGAAUAUCGGGACCGAUAGUUGUUCCUGUCGCGACUGGCAACUGCAAGGGAUACCAUGUUCCCAUGCUGUUGCAGCAAUCAUUUCCUGUCGAAAAGAUGUAUACGCCUGUACAGAAAAAUGUUUUACUGUUGCUAGUUACCGCGAGGCAUACGCGGAAGCGAUACGCCCCAUCAUUGAACAAAUUGAAUCGAGAAAGAUGAGCAAUAUUGCAACCAAUGAUGAGGACGAAGAAGAUGCUCAAAUUGUACGACCACCUAAGUUCCGUCGGCCACCAGGACGUCCGGAAAAGAAACGAGUUUGUGUCGGGGAUCUUAACCGUGAAAAACAUACUGUACAUUGUGGUAAGUGUAACCAAACUGGGCAUUACAAGACAACUUGCAAGGCUGAGAUUAUGAAGGGGAUUGAACAAUUUUAGGUAUCUAAUUCUGUAACUUCAGAGUGAUUAUUAGUUAUAACUUAGUUCUUGAAUUUUCUUUAGUACAGCUUAGGAUAAACCAGUAUUUAUGUAUGUAAUUUAGGACAUUGUUGUAAACAUUGUAGCUGACUGUCACAUGCAGGCUGUAGAAACCUGAGAUUCUUCUUCUUGUUA